AUGUCUGCCACUCGCUACCGUCGCUUCCUCAAACUGUGCGAGGAAUGGCCACGGGACGAAAGCAAGAAAAGCCGAGAUUUGGGAACGUUUCUCCGGCAGCGAGUGGCAGCCGCUUUCCGCGAAGGUGAAAACACGCAGAUCCCAGACACUGAGAAGUGCGAUCAGACUUACGAAAGUCUAGCAAGAAUUAACGCAAACACGUAUAAACAGCGAUUUCCACGUGUGAGAGAUACCAGCUUCACGGGAGUCACAGCGGAAGAGUGUAAAUUACUGUGGUCAACAGGUAGCGUGCAGCAGUCAGAUGAUGAAAAAAAGAGUUUGUGGAAAACUUUAACAGAGAGAUUUUCCUCCAAGACACCAGAGGAUGUUCCAGAGAAAACACCUGAUAAAUAA